CGGGCGGCCCCGCCUGCUGCGGUCGGACACCGGUCUCCGCAGGGCGCCGCGGCGCGCAGCCGGCGCCUCUCCGCUCCGCACCUGCAGCCCCUCCUUCCUCCCGCCGGUGCCGGGUGGGGGAGGACGGGCGCCCGCGGCCUCCUCGGCUUCCCCGUCCGGGUCUCUUGGCUUGCCUCUCCCCUACCCACGAGGCCAUCCACGCCUCUCUUUCCUUCUCCCCCUCCGUGACCUCUGGCCUCCCAUUCAUUCCUUCCUCGUCUUCCUCUUUUCUCCCUCCCCGCUCGGGCCCUCUCCCACACUCCACCCGCCGUGCGGCCCCUGCUGCGUUCUCGGGGUGUCUUUAGAGCAUCCGUGGAAGUUUAGGGCCUGGAUCGUGGCUCCGCGAGUCGCGCCCGAGAGCGCAGCCUGAGCUGCUGGCUGAAGAGAGGAAGAUGUCCGUGCUCAGGCGGAUGAUGCGGGUUUCCAAUCGUUUCCUCCUCGUCUUCAUCUUCAUCUUCUCGCUCUCCUCCUCUUGCCUCUACUUCAUCUAUGUGGCUCCGGGCAUCGCCAACACAUAUCUUUUUAUGGUACAAGCUCGAGGUAUAAUGUUGAGAGAAAAUGUAAAAACAAUAGGACAUAUGAUCAGGCUGUACACAAAUAAAAAUGCUACUCUCAACGGGACAGAUUAUCCAGAAGGCAAUAAUUCAAGUGACUAUCUUGUUCAAACCACAACGUAUCUCCCGGAAAACUUCACGUAUUCACCAUACCUUCCCUGUCCAGAAAAACUGCCUUACAUGCGGGGAUUCCUCAAUGUCAAUGUAAGUGAAGUCAGUUUUGAUGAAGUUCAUCAGCUCUUCUCCAAGGAUUUAGAUAUUGAGCCAGGAGGUCACUGGAGGCCUAAAGACUGUAAACCAAGAUGGAAGGUGGCCGUUCUCAUUCCUUUCCGCAAUCGUCAUGAACAUCUGCCAAUCUUUUUCUUGCAUCUGAUUCCAAUGCUUCAGAAACAGCGGUUGGAAUUUGCCUUUUAUGUCAUUGAGCAGACGGGCACACAACCUUUCAAUCGUGCAAUGCUCUUCAACGUGGGCUUCAAAGAGGCCAUGAAAGACAGUGUCUGGGACUGUGUGAUCUUCCAUGAUGUGGAUCAUCUCCCUGAAAAUGACCGAAACUAUUAUGGAUGUGGAGAGAUGCCACGUCACUUUGCAGCUAAGCUGGAUAAAUACAUGUAUAUUCUUCCUUAUAAAGAGUUUUUUGGUGGUGUAAGUGGACUGACUGUGGAACAGUUUAGAAAGAUCAAUGGAUUUCCUAACGCUUUCUGGGGAUGGGGAGGAGAAGAUGAUGACCUUUGGAACAGAGUUCAUUAUGCUGGAUAUAACGUCACCAGACCAGAGGGGGACUUAGGAAAGUACAAGUCCAUUCCUCAUCACCAUCGAGGGGAAGUACAGUUUUUAGGACGGUAUAAAUUACUAAGGUAUUCUAAAGAGCGUCAGUACAUCGAUGGGUUGAACAAUUUAUUAUAUACGCCAAGAAUACUGGUUGAUAGGUUGUAUACAAAUAUAUCUGUAAACCUCACACCAGAGUUAGCUCCAAUUGAGGACUAUUAAAAAAAAAAAGACGAAGAAGUAGCUCUCAUGGCACGAUGCACCACAAUGCUGGAUCAUGUACUUGGAGUGUACUCUCAGUGGAGGUCAGUGCCUGGACCAUGAGAAGAGCCAGCAGUCCUGGGGCUCACAGUGUUGGCACUGUGUAAAGUCCCCCUCUUCCACCUGCCCUGUCGUGGUACACUCCACGACACGGCGAACACUGCAGAACCGGAAGCCAGUGCUGAAGAUUGGAAGUUAAGAGAGCUCCUUAUACAAAAAGAAAUUUUUUAUACUCGGAUCUAUAAUUUAAGAGAAUGCUUUUAUUUCCAUUUAAACAUAUUUUGUACAUAUGUGAUAUAAAUCAAUGUGUUUAAAUAAUUGUUGAACAAUAAGCUGUGUUGCAGUUUUGCAUGUAAUUGGUUAUGCUUCCGUUGGUCUUUUAUAAUACAUUUUUUUAUUUGCAUGGGGAAAAUUACUGUAAAUUUAUGUCACUAAACAAAGUGUAACCCUUGUGUAAAAAUGAAGGAACUGUCAGUAAUUGACAGUGAAUACAGUAAACUGUUAUACUAGUUUUCAGCUUUAGACCUCCAGCCUUUCGCGUGGAAGAAGGCUUAGCUUUUUGAUGGCUUUAAAGGGAAAGAAGAAAAGACUCAAGCAGCUAAUUUUCCUGCCAGGAUUACCUAUUUUUUCCUUGCUUGCAAGCUUACCAGAUUUAGCUGAAUCACAACCAUGUUGUUUAUGCAUAUUGCAUGGUAUUACCAAGAAAAUCUUAAAUGUUGUGAUGUGACAUGAUAUAAAGGACCUCUUUAUGUUAAUGUCUGUUAUGACCUCUGGUGUGUUAGGGAUUCUGUGCCUCAAAAACGCUCCCACGCUUGUGUGUUUAUACAGUUUUUUUUUUAAAUUUCAUAGUGAACAGCACUUUUAUUAUUUCCAGGUCAGAAGAGCCAAAACAAAAUAUAUUCAUUUUUUAAAUUAGUUUUUUUUAAGAAGAAGCUAUAGAGAGCCUAAGUAGUACUUAUACAGAUGAAUUAUACUAUUGGAUAAGACGUUAAAUGUUCUAUUUUUAUGAAGAUAAAUGCCUCAUAGAUUAAAAACAAAUUUUAAUUAUCAGACUUGCACAGUUUCACCUUUAAAAAUGACCCUUAUAAUGUCAGCCAGUUUCAUACAAACUAUAUUUUUUUUCACUUACAGUAUAAUGUCAUAGAAUUAUCUUUCGUGUGUGUGUGCCUGUGUGUAUAUGUAUAUGUGCGUGUGCGUGUGCGCAUGGUGCUGGAGACUCACCCCAGGCCCUCUACAGUUACCUUACAAUACAUGAUCAAUUAUCUAGAUGCACUGAUAAUGGGAUACUUGUGGAAGCAGGUCUGACUACCUAAUAGCAAGUAGAUUUACCUUAAGAUUGAACAAAACUUUCCAUUAAAAAUUCAAAACAGUGUUCUUAACUUUGAAGAUGACCAGUUAUAAGGAUUUUAAAAAAAAAUCAUAAAAUAUUUUCACAAACUUAAAGUCUUAUAUAUUCUAUAAAAUAAAUCUUUGAAAAUAAUGGAGAAUGAUAAGAUGCCUCCAUCUGAGAAAUGUUUGAAUAAAAUUUGCCUCUGAGUUGUUCACCUAAAAUGGAAAUACGGCUAUGUAUCUCAGGUUGUAGAUUUAAUUUUCCAGGACCAUUUUCUAUACCAAUUUUAGUAACACAAAUGACCAUAAAUGAAAUCAUAAAAUAACUGAGAAUCAUAUACUUGAAGGAAAUAGUUUCUCUGUAAUAUACCUGACAGAAUUUUCCAUAUUUAUUUCUUAGAAAUAUUUCCAAAAUAUUUCUCUGCCAUUUUAUUUGUGGUACUCAAAAUAGUAAAAAGAAAAAUCAAGCCUUCCGAAAAGUACAAACAUUUGUACUUAACUAUGUUGUCCAUUCAUUUUGUGUCCCUAUAGCUAAUGUAGUUUUUUUUUUUUAAUUUGGUGAAAUGUAAGAAGAUAAAAUGACCGUGUUAACAUUGUUGUUUACAGUUAACAAGGUAGCAGGGCACAGGGACAUAAUUAACCUACCAAUGCUGAAGUGUGUAGUGGUGGGGAGAAUUAGUGUUGUUUCUGAGUCUUACUCAGGAAACAUGAUUUUUUUCUCAUUUUAAUGUAGGGCUGUCUACUUUCUGAUGUCUUUUCAUUUUGACAUACAUUCAUACUUUCAAGGGGAUUCAGAAUCUGCCUUAUUUUUGUGGUUUAGUCUGACAUUAAUUUUUUAGGAGUUGUAUGCAAAUAUUUUGCUUUUUACAGUUUUGAAUAUGGUGUGUCAUCCUAUAAAAACUACCUUAUAAUUUUUUUUAAGUGCAGAUCUAAAGUUAUUUUUGGCUAUGAACACUGACCUUUUUGUUUCCAUGAAGUGAUAGCUUACCUUCAUUAGGUGACAAUAAAUCUGUUCCCUAAAGAUGAAUGAGUGCAUUGCAAAAGUAAUCAGUCUUCUGUUUAGUGUUGGGUUGUUUUAUUAAUGAACCAUGUAUUAAUUAUCCACUCUGUAUUAGGUCCAAUGCUAGAUGUGACUAUUUAGAAGUAUGAUUUUAUUCUAAACAAGUCAAGCAAGUUAAAACCUUGAAAUUUUGAAGACAUUCUCUGAUUAUUUUAUUUUUUUCAGUCUCAAAGUCAUGAAACCUACAUUACAUAGAAAUAUUAGAAGAUCACUGUGGCACUCAGAAAAUUAUAUAGUGCCUUUCACUAGAGAAAGAGGUCAUGAUUUACAGCCCUGUUUGUAGAAAAGAAAGGGGAGGACACACAUUUGUUAAAAUUGUAUCUAAUUCACUGAUAAGAUAUCAUUAACUUCUUUGUUAAACUAGGAUUUGAUGAGCAAAAUUAAAAAAUUUGAUUCGAAGAAAUAAUCUUAUAAAUGUGUUAAAACGAACUUUACAACUUUG